AUGGGAGAUUCAAAGACCUUUACUGGCUUUAGGUCUUUCUUUCCAAAUUGUACAGGAAACACCUCAAAUAAUAAUAAUAAUAACAAUAUAUCAGCGACAACAACAACAACAAUAACACAUGAGAGGAAUAGUGAUACGACAGAGUUGAGUGUUAAUAUUGGCAAUGAGAAUAGGUUGUUAACAAUUCCAAAGAAUGCAUCACUGAAGGACAUUUCAAACACAAUCAAAGAGUCAUUUGGCAUGAACAACAAGGCCAAUCUAAACAUCAAGAUCGAGAGCCGAGAAGGCGAGCUAUACACUGCCAACGAUUGUCACCUGAGGAGAGCAUUCAAAUCAGAUGAUAAACAGCAUCGUCUUGUGGUCAAAGAGGAACAACAUCCAUGUCAUAUACAAAGCGCAAUAAUGUCAUUCUUUGGUCGUGGCAAUGUUGAUACUACAACAACAUCAUCAAUGACUUCGACAAUGUCCCAGACACCAUCUUCAUCACCUCAACAGCAACAACAAGGAUCAAACUUCAAUCUUCAAUUUCCACAACAAGCACCUGCAACAAACUCACUGCAGAACAUGAUUGAGGUCAAUUCAUUCAGGACGGGCUCGAGCAGUGCCGCUGCACCUGUGAUGGCGGCACCAUCACCAUCAUUCCUAAACAACCGCAGGGAUGUUAUGAUUGACUCGAACCUCAACGAGAAGGAGCAGGUUUACACGAGCCCCUACAAGCCGGUGUCGUCGCAGCCAUCCCUGUCGACACCGCCCGCUUCGCUGUUCCGCUCACAGCACCCAACCUCCUUCACCAACCUCCUAUCCACACCGACCUACAAGCACAACUCGUUACACGGACUGUCGUCCAACUUCUCGUCAAUGUCCAUCAACCACCUAUAUAAUAGAAACCCAUCGUCCCCUCCUCAACCAAUCACCAACAACGACAUUAUACACACAUCAGCCACUCCCAUCAACAUUCCCUCGUCAAACAACAGCGGCAGCGGCAGCAGUAGUAGUACGGUACAUUUCAAGAGGUCACCGCCUCAGUCCAUCUCACCAUCAAGAUCAAACGCUACAUCACCAUCAAACACUGUCAAUGGCAAUGGCAAUGGCAUUGGUAUUGGCAAUGUUACUGGCAAUGGCAAUGGCAACAACAACAUGAAUGGCUUCAAGAUACUUCCACCAAUGUAUCCUCCAAACUCAAUGAAAUACUAUCUACAACAAAAGUUACAACAACAGCAACAACUACAACAACAACAACAACAGCAACAAAACACAUCCACAUCCAACUCCACUUCUACACCAACAUCAAACAUGGCACGUAAUGAGUCAUUCGAAUUCCUUCAAACUGACAAUGAUUUGGAAUCACAGGUCAGCAGUAGCAGUAACGACAACGACAAUGAUGACGACAUGAACGAUGACGAUGCCGACGCAAUCGGCACAGCCAAAUCACACAACAACAAACAACAGCAGUCAUCUACAUCCGCACCUUCCGUGCCCCCACAGUGCGGCAUGCAGGUGCAAGAGUUCAUUGGUGAGGUAACCAAGAAGUUCAUGAUGCUGCGACAGGAGCCCAACCCUGAGGUGCAGCGCAGUCUGAAGCUGUCGAUCUGCCAGGCAAUCCAAAAGAACGCCUCCAUCAUGCCAAUCAUCACCAAGGUCUUCCCGCUGCUCAACCACUUCAUGGGCAGCGACGCAAUGCAAUGCUUCAAUGUCCCACCCAACACCCCGCCCCCAUCUCCCUCACAACAGUCUCCGCUGUUGGACCUCGCCACCAAGGGCGCAUCGAUCAUUGGCGUGCCCAGCGACCUGCCCCUUGCCACACUGCAAUCACAUCUUCAACUUCAAUCAAGGAUCCAGGCCAUGUUCAUCAGCGAGAACGAGGAGAAGCAGCUGUCUUCGCACACGCCCCCCACCACGUCUCUGCCAUCAUCGUCGGGCAAGCUGCAGUUUGCUCAUAGACGUGUGGAGGGACCGACCAUCCACCGCGGCUCGACCUGCGUGCUCUGUGCACAGGCCCCCAUCGUCGGCAACCUCUACCACUGUCUGCACUGCCCCUUGUUCACCUUUUGUGACACCUGUAAAUUAAGCAAGAACUCCACAUGCCCCAACGACACCACGCACAAGAUCCUCACCGUCACCAAGUCCAUGAAGUCCUGCCAGCUGUUUGGCGCACCCACCAUCGACAGCGCCGUCCACAACUCCAACAAGCGCGUCUGUCCGUACAACCGUCGUCGCCAACGCUGUCGCUUCAGCGUCAAGCUCGUCAAGGACCUGACGCUGCCGCUGGGCAGCGAGGUGCACCCCGGCACGCUGACCAAGGUGUGGCGCGUCCAGAACACCGGCUCGUCAUCACUGCCCAAGGACUGUCUGCUCGUGCGCUGCUACGGCAACGUGCACCUGUCGACCGUUAUGUCCGUGACGCUGCCUGCCAUUGGCGUGGACGAGAUGCUCAACAUCUCUGCACCACUGGUCGUGCCCAACAUUCCCUACCCCGAGUUCCUGGCUGGUGAGUGCUGGAGGAUAUGCACCAGUGAUGGCUACUACUUUGGAGAUGAACUAUGGAUCAAUGUUAUGAUCAAGAGACAAUAG